UAAUUGUGUGUUGAAUACAUUCUGUAAACGCAUAGUGAAAGCAAGGACCAAUACACUGAAUGUGCUCUAAUACGGAGUAUAUUUGCUUAAUUCGGAUUAAAUUGUUAUGGGUUAAAUUGACGUAAUGUGUGUGAUUAAAUAUCCUGAAUGUUUACUUAUUGGGAUAAACUAGCAGAGCAUUCCAUUGUCCCUCCCACAAUGCAACAGUUCUCGCGCUAAGUUCCGCCUUCUGAUGACUGUGAGAGUGAAGCGACGGUUUGUGGUGGGCGGAUGUCUGGCCGUGGCCUUGCUGCUCGUCGGAGUCAAACUUUUCCUUGGCGUUGGCGACGAGAUAAUAAUUCCCGGGUAUGACCAGUUGGACUUAAACGAGUUUCCGGAUCCGGGUAUUUACGAGGCUGAGGAUUUCCCGAGCGAUGGACCCAGCAAGGUGGAGAAGAUUAUUCAUCAGACGUGGAUAACUACCGAAAUUCCGGCACGUUACGUCGACUGGAUGAAAUCAUGGUCGCGAAAUCAUCCGGACUGGACUUACAUGUUCUGGACGGACGAAUCUGCGCGCACAUUGAUCGCAGACAAGUACCCACAGGUGCUUCCGGCGUACGACGGGUAUCUGGAGAACAUCCGGCGGGCGGACGCCAUGCGGUACGCGAUCCUGCAUGAAUAUGGCGGGGUGUACGCGGAUCUCGAUAUGGAAAGUUUACAGCCACUUGACCCAAUCAUAAGAAAAUACUCGUGCGUUUUACCACAGGAACCCUACGAACACCCUAUAAUAGAUUCUAACUUCGAGCAUUUAGUGAUCAACGCUUUGAUGAUCUGCAGUAAGGGGCAUCCACUGAUGAAGAAAUUCCUCGACAACAUUCCGAAAUUUGCCCAUAUGUGGCACGUGUUAGACAGCACCGGUCCGCAUUACAUUACUCUACUUUAUAGGCAAUAUUUAAUCGAUAAUAACAUAGAGGCCGGUAAAUCGAAUGGAGUUUACCUGGCGCCUGCGGAGUACUUCUUUCCCACGAUCGAUCCUGUCAAAUUCCCGUACAUGCGGGAUCGGUGUUACAAACAAUUCGCGGAAAUGUCGCAUUUGCAGAAGACUGCGUGUGUUUCAUUGAAGCGGCGCGGGUUGGAAAGAAAACCCUACCCGUUUUCGUUCACUGUCCAUCAUUGGAUACAUACGUACUUUGUCACACGGUAUUCUGUAUCUCAGCCUUCGGACAUACAUUCCUUUAUACCUAGUGUAGUUAUCUAUAAAUCGAAAACGGAAGAUAAUGGAUGAUGUCCAGUCCCGGAUUACCCAUUAGGCAGAGUAGGCAUCUGCCUUAGGGCCCCGCGACUUUUAGGUGCCCCAUGAGUGUGUGACGAAAUAAUUUGUUUAUGUACUUAUUUAGAAUAUUCUAAUGAUUUGACAAUGCCAAUUAAUUUAUUACAUUAAUAUGUUUCGGUUUAAGGUAUAGCAUUCGCUUACCAUGUAACACACAUUUAUUAUUCGCAAACAUGUAUUGUUUUCUAAAAAUCUUCAUCUAAUACUUGUAAUGUCGUAUUAGAAUUACGGUAUUACAAUGACAUUUUUACCUAUAAAACGACAUUGUCUUGUCA